AUGGAUCAACAGCAGCCGAACGGCAAUUCUGUUCCCCAUCCAAAAUCACGAACGGCGCAAACAUCGAGUGAUCAUCAAGAUGAAGAUCAGCAGCAGGCCUGCCAGUUCACCACUGCAUCAUCAUCGAGGACAGGGUUUCAACAGCAUUCCCCAGACACCGACUCUGGCUUCUCCAACUCGCCAAGCGGACAAUAUCACCAUGGCUUUUAUGGUGACAGCAACAACAGAGCACCCUCGUCAUCGCCUUUGGUGGGCAUCGAAGAAGGAUCAUCUUCCAGCAACCAAGGCAGCAAAAAUAAAGAGAUUGUGUCAUCAUCAUCGAUGCAGGGCCCCGGACAGCCGAUGGCCACGGGACCAUCAAGGGACCUUAGGUCUACCCCUCUAGGAUCUCAUCAUCAGUACCCGAGUGGCAAGGCCUCCACAUCGAAUCCUCGCCCACUGGGACCGUCAACAACCCAUUUGGGUGCAUCAGUGGCCAUCGCGGAGCGAAGGAUGGGGCCAGAGAACAGGGUUUCUGCUCAGGGCCCCUCGCCAGAUUUAGUAGCAUCGGCCGGACAUCAUCAUCAGUAUCAACCAGGAGACCAUCAAAAGCAGCAGGUGCUCAGCGAACUUCACCGUGAUAUGAAAGCCCGAGCAUCCCUUGCAGACUUUGCCAAGAAAUGGAGUAAGCAGCCCGACUCGCCACCCAGGCCGUCUUCCCCAGAGACCCUUAGACUGGUUAAGGAACUUGCUGCAGAGCUUCCUCCCCCGACACCCUAUGUUCCAGAUAAUCUAACAAAAAAUGGAGGUCAUCCUCUGUCAGUGGGCGGGAGCAACACUAUGGGCCACCCAAGGUCAGGAACACUGAGUGAUCAUCAGUGUCACAAGCAACAGGCCAACGCCACCUCGGGCAUAGAAGACGAGAGGGUACUCCACCAGCCACCACCACCACCCCAAUCGCCACCUAGGCUAGCAUCGCCGCAGCCGCAAUCAAGGCCUGCAACUCCAGCACAGCCACUAAGGCCUGCAACACCACAGCCGCCAUUAAGGCCUGCAACGCCAGCACAGCCACCAAGGCCAGCAACGCCAUCACCCUAUACUCUCGAUGAUAAGCAGUUUCCUCCACUUUCAGAUGAACACAGGAAGAAGAAGAAGAAGAAGAAUAAGAAGUAG